AAUUGUUUGUGUUGUGUCAAAGGGAAAUUAAGUAAGCAGAAGAUAACAGACCAUGGCAGGGAUAAUAAGUCCAAGCUGUGGAAACCAGCCAACUAUUGAUUGUUUUGGACAACUAAACGAUGAUCAACUAUUUGGUAUUUUUAUGAAUUUUUCGACAAGCCUGGAUGUUUUGGAAAAGGAUUUGCACUAUGCUAUUAGAACACACAAUUUUCGGUCCUUGUCCACUGAAGAUCAGGUGAAAGUUGACACUUUCUUGGUUUAUGUGAACAGUACGUUGUUUUGGAUGUACCUCAAACUACAGGGAUAUGAUUUGUCGAAGCACUACAUUUUACACGAUUUGGCUCGAGCAAGAGAAAUGCUAGCACGCGAAAAGCAAACGAACGGUUCGAAAACAGCACCACGCCUAGACAUAGCAGCAAGUAAACGGUUUAUUGCUGCAGGAAUGCACACACGAUUUGUAGAUAUGGAAGGCGUCAUGGUAACCGAAGCCCAAUACAAGCGUAGCCUGACGGAGGCAUGCGGCUCCAGUCAAUAAAACAAUCUGAACUUGGAACAUGAAAAUUGUAAAAUAAAAAAUAUGUUUAAGUUACACAUAAGUUAACCCCGUAAAAAAACAGGGUUGACUCUUAAAUGGUCUUACAGACAAUAUACACAUAUAUUUCGAUAUUUUUA